AUGAAGAGAGAUCACCGCGAAAGCUGUGCAACUGUAACUGCACGUCAAAACAAUUCCAAACCGGAAUACUCAUCACCCCCGUCUUCCACCCUGAAUGGCAAGGCUAAGAUUUGGGAAGAUGACCAAGAUGGGUACAGCGCAGACGGCGACAUGGAUGAGCUGCUUGCCGUUUUGGGGUACAAGGUUCGGUCCGACGACAUGGUCGACGUGGCGGAGAAGCUCGAGCAGCUCGAAAUGGUCAUGGGGUCGGCUCAGGAAGAUGGGAUUUCUCAGCUCUCUGACACCGUCCACUACAACCCGUCGGAUCUCUCCGGGUGGGUCCAGAGCAUGCUCUCUGAGCUCAACACAGGCGACGAUAUACCUCAAUCGACGACCCUCUUCUCGUUCCGGCUCAGUCCUCGUCGAUAA